AUGGUUAACGAGCAAGAUUCUGAACAACAACAACCACAACAAAACCGUAAAAAGUCUUCUAUGAAGAAGUUCUUUUCCAAGCUUUCCGGUAAUUCGAAUAACGAUUCGUCUAAUUCUUCUUCGAAUCCUUCAAGCCCUUCUUCAUCACAAGAAUCACUUUCAGGUUCUCAUCAUCAAGGAUUAGGAAAUUUUGUCAAGGAAGCCAUACCAGAUGAUGAAGAAGAAAUCAACAGAAGAUUUAUGGAAGCAGUUGAACAAAUUGGUAUUCAAAAUGAAGCCAAACAAAUGUUCAUUAGCAAACACAAGACAAAAGAAAUGAAAUGGGAUUUCGUCCAAUCACUUCGUAAAAAUCAAGAUACUUUCAGUUCUGAUGAGAGAAAUAAGGUUGAUUAUUAUAUUCACUGUUUGCAAAAGAGUGCAUCAGUUGUGGGUCCAUCCAUGGAAAAAAUUAAUAGUGACAAGUCAAUUGAAGAAAUGAUUAAAAUAGUUCAAAAAUUGACAGUUCAACUUCGUUCGCAACCAAUUACUUGGUUGGAAGAGUUUAUUCGUCAAGGAGGAUUGUAUCAAUUGACUUGUUUGUUGGCUUGUACCAUUAAUUUCUUUUCCUUGUUUGGAAAUUAUUCUACAUCGACUGAUAAUGGUGGAAAUGGUGUUCAUCAAACUAGUUUGAAUAAUGUUGAACAAUUACGUACAAGUAUUUUAAUGAGUUUUACAAGUUUGCUCAAUGUGGAUGCUGGUAUUAAAUCAUUUUUGAGUCAAAGAGAUUCAAUUAGUGGACAAGAUGCAUUUGAACUCAUUCUCGAUGCUAUGAAUCAUUACAAACUCGUCAAGAGAGAAAAGAAGAGAUUCCAAAAUUUGGCUGAAUGGAUUUUGAGUGAAAAUAGUUAUGCAAGUGGAACUACAGCCACUGGAAUUAUGUACACUGGUGGAGGACAUGGAAGAGCUUGCACUGAAUUUCGUGUCAAUGCUUUAAUGUUCAUUAACACUUUAAUGACAACUCCUGACGAUCCAAAGAUGAGAUCAAGGAUUCAACAAGAAUUUAUCAAUUUGGAUUUGGAAAGAGUUUUGGAUACUAUCGAUUCUGCGGAUCCUGAUUUGCAAAUUCAAAUUAACACUUUCAAAGAUGAAAUUAAUCAAGAAAAUGUGAAUAGAUUCGAACAAUUCAAGACCAUUGUAGAUUCAAAUCCAUCAGAAUUGACAGAAAUUAUUUUAGGACAAUUAUCUGAAAUUUCUCAAAAGUACUUUACAAAAAUGUUGAAUUCAUUCCUUUCAAUUGCUCAAUCCUAUGAAGAUACCCGUACAUCCAUUGUUUCACGUGCUUCUAUUUGUGUUGAUAAUACAAUUCAAGAAGAAAAUUGGCAUGUUUUGGCUGGAUUAGUUCAACAAAUUGUUGAUUCUGUCGAUCAGAAAGGUCGUCUCAGAAAUUGGGGAGAAGAAACUGAACGUUUAAAGCAACAAGUCAAAACUCAACAAACUCAAUUCACAAAUAUGGAACAAAAAUUGAAGGCAGAAAAGGAAAAACUCGCAAAAGCCCUCAAUGAAGGUGGUUCUAUUGAUGUAAAUGAUUUUGAAUUGUUGAAAGAUAUUGUAACAUCAGUAACAACUAAAACUGUUUCUGGAUCAUCCUCCUCACCAUCACUUCCUGUUCCAACAGGAAAGCCACUUCCAACCAUUCCAGGUAAACCAGUCGAAACAACUAUUGAACAACCAGUUGAACAAGCUAUUGUUGUGCCUUCUGUAAUGGUUCCUCCUCCACCAAUUGGAACUGGAUCAGUUCCUCCUCCACCAGGAACAAUGGUUCCUCCUCCACCUCCUGGUGUUGGUGUUCCACCUCCUCCAGGCACAGGUAUUCCAAUGCCUCCUGGUGUUGGCGUCCCACCUCCACCUGGUUCUGGAAUGAUGCCUCCUCCACCUGGUAUGCUUGGUGGUGUUGCUCAACCAGCACUUCCAGCACUUCCAACUUACAAUCCUAGUGCCAAUUUGAGAAAUGUUCAUAUUGAUCCAAUCAAUAAGAGAGUUGUUAAGGAUACCAUCUUUAUCAAGAAGGGAGUUAUUGAAAGACUCAAACAAAUUCAAUUGGAUGAAAAGCGUAUUGAAGAAUUGUUCACCAUCGAAAAGGAUCAACACAAUAAGCCAUCUCAACAAAGUGACAAGCAAAGCAAUGAAAAAAUAUCAUUCAUCGAUGCUAAGAGAUCUUACAAUAUUGGUAUUCAAUUGGCUUCUAUGCGUUUGCCAGUUGAUACUAUCAAACAAGGAAUUAUUGCACUCGAUGAAAAGGUUCUCAACAAGAAUCAAAUCAAUAUUCUGAAGAGCAUUGUUCCAACAAAGGAAGAAUGUGAUGCCUAUGCUUCAUUUGAAGGCUCCAUUUCCCAAUUGUCAGAUCCAGAUUGUUUCUUCUACAAGGUUAAGGAUGUUUCCAAAGUUAAGGAAAGAAUGGACGCUUGGACCUUCAAGUUGAGAUAUGAAGAUGAUUUGUCCACUUUGAAACCAGAUAUUGAAUGUUUGAGAUUGGCAACUAUUGAACUCAAGGAAUCUAAAAAGUUUGUCAAGUUCCUUGCUGUUGUCUUGUCAAUUGCCAACUAUUUGAAUGCAAAGGGUAGACAAAAGGAUCAAUAUGGUUUCCAUCUUUCAUCUCUUCACAAGAUGAAGGAUACCAAAUCCAAGUCCAGUGAUGGCUUCUCCUUGUUGCACUACCUUGUCGAAUACAUUGACAAUAACCAAAAGGAUUUGUCUAUGUUCUACGAUGAUUUGCCAAAUGUUCCAUCUGCCAAGAAGGCCUCAAUUUCUCAAAUUAAGGAAAGUUUACAAAAUAUCAGAUCUUCAUCCAAUGCUCUUGGAAAUGUUUUAGAAGCUUUGGAAAAGGAAAGACAUGAAGCUGAUCAAAUCAACAAACAAGAUCAAUUCAUUGAAAAGAUGAAACCAUUCUACGAACAAACCAAGACUGAUUUGGCCAUGCUUGAAGAGAAAUUGAAAAAGACAUUGGAAGGAUUGGAAGAAAUUGCCAUCUUGUUCGAUGAAGACAAGACCAUGGUUACCAACAAGCCAGAAGAUUUCUUCACUAAACUUGACGAAUUCUUUGAAAUGUUCAAGUCAGCUCGUAAAUAUAUUCAAGAGAGAAAGAAGAAGGAAGAGGAAGCUAUGAGAAAGAAAUCUGUGCAACUCAAUGCCAACAGUAUUGGUCUCAAGCCAAAUGAAAAGGGUGUAUUGGAAGGUUUGGAGAAUUCACUGAGAGAUGGAAGUGCUUACAAGAAGCGAAGAAGUUUGAGAACCAAUGCAGGAGCCCUCGCUCAGGAAUUAGGAUUUAAACUCAAUGACCAACAAAACAAAUAAACUGUAAUUUAUUAU